GCAGAGGAAUGCAAUUAAAACAAUAUUUUUAUUUCAUUUUAGUGGAUAUCGAUUUCCAGAAUGCUGCUGGCUUUGUCGGUGAACCUGCCCAGGUCACCGAAGGUCAACAUGUCGUCCAUUUCUUGUCACAUGCAAUGCUGUUCUGUGUUGGUGCGUUGAUAGAACCUCAUGUGGUGUUGACAACGGCCAGUUGUGUGAUGGGCGAAAAGUAUAAGUUCAAUAUUUACGCUGGAACUCAUAAGUUUAUUGAAGGUGUUGGAAUAUCUCGACAGGUUCAGCAUUUGUGCAUACACAAAGGUUAUAAUCAUUCCAAUCGAUGGAUGGAUUGUUCUCGUGAUAAUAUUGCGUUGUUGCUUGUGACUCAGCAGUUUUUCUUUCACAAACGGGAGCCUGGUACGGCUUACGUUCUGAAUAGAGUACGAUAUGGCGUCUCUAAUGAUAUACAAAAACGUAUUGGUGAUCCUUCAUGCCAUUACUUUGGAUGGGGAAGUAGAAGAAAUGGAUAUUUGAUACCUCUGCUGAUAGAUGCACGUCGCGUGGACGUUACAUUACUGCCCCCCGAAAAAUGCCGUGAGAUGUGGAACUAUAAAAACCAAUAUCUAUGCAUACAACAACCACAAUGCAAGACUGAAAAUCAUGGCGCAUUAUGCCCGGACGAUUUAGGCACAGUUCUUAUAUGUUCUGGCUAUGUCCAGGGGAUAAUGACAUCACGUUUGAUAGAUCGACCCUGUGGUGUCGGAUUUAUGGAUCUCAGCAAAUAUACGAAGUUCCUAACUUGUGGUGUAGAUGACUCUCGUGACGUCAUGGAUCAAGACGACUCCCUAUCUAUGGAUUUUAAUAAGGGGCAAGGAUCGACCCCUAUGUUAGCUACUGUAAUGGUUUCUAGCGAAUCUGAAGAAAAACAUGGCUGAUAAAUGUGAAAUAAAACAUAUUUUGUCAAACA